AUGAGCACCGUCUACGAGACAUGCUUACAGUUUGAAGUGGAACCAGUUCAUCGACUGGUGAAACACUCUAGGAAGCCUCCUUCUAGUGUUUGCAAUGUAAAACCAACUCUGACUAUGGUGCCACAGACGUCUGUGUUCAUUGGAGACUCAGUUACUCUGAUCUGUGAGGUUCAUCAGUCCACUGGAUGGGAGUUUAUCUUUAUCACACCAAAAAACACUCAAUCCACUGAAACUACAGGAACUAAAACAAUCAGAUCUCUGCAAGUCUCUGAUGGAGGAGAGUAUUGGUGCAGAGCCAGAAGAAGAGAAAACCCUCAGGUUUACACACAAUACAGUGAACCAAUAACAGUGACAGUACAGGAUAUAACACCAACUCUGACUGUGCAGCCACGGACGCCUGUGUUCACUGGAGACACAGUUACUCUGAUCUGUGAGAUUCAUCAGUCCACUGGAUGGGAGUUUAUCUUUAUCACACCAUCAAACACUGAAUUCAAUGAAACUACAGGAACUAAAACAAUCAGAUCUGUGCAAGUCUCUGAUGGAGGAGAGUACACGUGCAGAGCCAGAAGAAAAGAAAACCCUCAGGAUUACACACAAAACAGUGAACUAAUAAUAUUGACAGUACAGGAAAGACCAACACCUCAAGUGUCUGUUUGGCCUGAUUAUCUCUUAUUCAGAGGAGAAACUGUCAAUCUCAGAUGUGUCAUCAAUGAAGGAGGAGUCAGCAGCUGGCAGUACAGCUGGUAUAAAGAUGAUUCAAUCAUCCAGCAGAAUAAACAUCAUUAUUACACAAUCAGAUCUGUUACUGAGUCUGACGCAGGUAAAUACACCUGUAAAGGAACAGAGACCAGAGGAUCAAGAUACUCACACAUCAGUAAUGCAGUUACACUGACAGUAUCAGAUAAACCACAGACAGUUUUAAGUGUUUCUCCACAGCAGUGGUUGACUGAAGGAGAUUCAGUGACUCUGAUGUGUGAGGUUAUAAACUCAUCUACAGGCUGGACAUUCAGCUGGUUCACUGUACAGAGUCUUUACUCAGUGAAUAAAGAUUAUUAUCAGCUCAUGUCAAACAGCAGUGGAGGAUCUAAAGGCAUCUACACAGUGAGUUCAGUGACUGUGAAGCACACAGGAGUUUAUAUGUGCAGAGCAGAGAGAGGAGAUCCAGUCUAUCACACAGAGUACAGUAACACACAAACACUGUGGAUCACUGGUGUUUCUCCUUCAGUCUCUCUGAUCAUCAGACCCAACAGAUCUCAACACUUCUCAUCUGAAUCUCUCUCUCUGAGCUGUGAGGAUCACAGUAACUCUACUGGAUGGACAGUGAGAAGAUACACAGACAAACUGAAACCUUGUUCAUCAUCAGACUGGAGAUCUACAGGAACAACAUCUACAUGUACAAUCAGAUCUCUCAGCACAUCUGAUACUGGAGUGUACUGGUGUCAGUCUGAAUCUGGAGAGAAACUUCAUCCUGUUAAUAUCUCAGUACACAAUGCUGAUGUGAUUCUGGACAGUCCUGUUCAUCCUGUGACUGAAGGAGAUCCUCUGACUCUACGCUGUUUAUAUCGAGAUAAAAACCCCUCUAACAUGAGAGCUGAAUUUUAUAAAGAUGGAUCAGUGGUGCAGAAUCAGACUACAGGAGACAUGAUGAUCAUCCCUACAGUCUCAAAGUCACAUGAGGGUUUCUACUACUGUAAACACCCAGAGAGAGGAGAGUCUCCAAAGAGCUGGAUCUCAGUCAGAGCCGCAGGAUCUUCAUCUCGUGGUCUUAAUCUUGGUCUCUGUCUUGGACUGAGCUCUGGUGUCGUGUUUUUGAUCUUUUUCUUGGUCUUGCUGUGGUGCUACAAAAAACAAAAAUUCUCUCAGUCUCCGUCAGCUGUCAGUCAACAGCAGAACAUCAGUCAGACAUCAGAUCAGAAACAGACUGAAGAUGGUUACAAUCACCUGCAUACUGGAGAUGCUCAUAUUUAUAACUCUAUAACUAAUAAAGACACAAGCGCAGUGACUCAGGCCGGCCCUAGUGAUGCCGUGUAUUCACAGGUUAACGUCAAGAAAAAGAAACUCAAGAGCAAAGACAAUGAAAGUGAAUCAGCUGAUCUCACAUAUGCUGAUAUUGAACUGAAACCUAAGAAAGAAAUGAAGAAAAAGAAAGAGAAUAAAGGUCUAUAA